UGAUAAAGUUGUUACCACCAUCAUCGCUUGUUUCUCCUAGCUCCGACUUUAAUGUCGGACUUUAAGACUCGGGUUAAUUCAAUGUAAGUUGACAAGUCAGUUCUGGUUCGUUGUUUACGUCCGUUAAGUUGUUCCUAGUUCCAUGGUGGUAUGAUUUGUACAAUUUCCUCUUAUCUUUUAUGACGAAGUGUUUCUUGCUACAGUUAAUAUAUAAAGCCUGAGAUUUCCUUCCAACUUGUCAGAUAUCAUCGAAAAAGAAUCCAUCUUUUUGUAUCAUAUUUAAUUCAGUUUUGAACAACAUAUCUUUUUUUUUUUUUUCAUUUCAAGCUACUAUUAAAAUGAAGUUUUCCUUGUCUGCUGUCUUCCUUACUCUUCUUGGAGCCACCUCUACGUUGGCUGCUCCAGCUUCAACAUCGUCUCUUGACAAACAAUUUGGUAUCGUGAGUAGUCACUCUGGUAACAUUCAUGUCCACCUACGCACAUUCGAAGUUGGUCAAUCUGGUCAUGUCUACUUGAGCAAAUACGAUAAUUCUGACGGUAAUCCCCAUUUUAAUCUCAAAAAUGGAGAGCUGUUCCAUGAAAACAAGGCUGCUUCUAUUGACAAGGAUGGCGCCCUUGUUUUCGAAUCCUCUGGAUCUCCUGUGUCAGGUUUCGAAGCUAAGAAGGAAAAUUCCCAAUUAUAUGAACUCAGCUUGAACAAUGAUUACCCUGUAGCAUGCCCUGUUCCCAAUACCAACGAUGUUUAUCAAAUCUACUACGGAAAGGGUAAUGGCAAUGCUGACUGUACUUAUAUUUAUCCUUUGGCUGCCUUUCCUUAAAUGCCGUUCUUUUUUGAACUUUUCGAAUUCCAUUUCAUACCCUUUUGCACAACGUCUAUGUUAUCGAUUCAACUCGAUAACUUCGACCAUUAGCUAAUUUUUACAUUUGCAUACAAUCAUUAUUUGCAUCAAUUGAAGCAUUUUAUAUCUAUUUUAUCCAAC